AUGGCUAAAAGAAACAGAGCUGCAAUAUUACCUACGAACUUUGCUUUGUUGCAAAACCUAGUUAGGAGAGAUUCAGAAUCUUAUUAUGAAGAAUUUUUACAGCAAUAUUCACAUUAUGAAUCUAUGAGAGACAUUUUUUUGCUUAAUCCUUCCACCGAAGAUAGUGAAGAGUUUGCAGAGAUAAUCAACUUUAUGUCUUUUGUGUGCGCAUCCUACCCUAAAGAAACAGCUAAAUUUCCUGAUGAAUUAGCAACCAUUUUGACAAAAAAUCACGCCGAACUUGAUCCGGAACUCAGAGAAAAGAUUGUGCAAUGCUUGGUUAUGUUGAGAAACAAAGACAUUAUUACGGCUGAGUAUCUCAUCAAAACUUUGUUUCCGCUAUUAUUUGCUUACAGCUCAAAUACCACCAACGGAUCUGGUUUCCAUUCCAAAGCACUAAGAAAUCAAAUAUAUACGGCCUUGAUUUCCCUGCUCAAAUCAUGCAAUACUGGCGCUAAAAACCAGAAGUUGAAUAGAACAACGCAAGCUUUGUUAUUCAAUCUUCUUGAUCAAAAAGAUGGUAACGGUGUAUGGGCAACAAAACUCACUAGGGAACUUUGGAGAAGAGGUAUUUGGGAUGAUUCAAGAACUGUGGAAUUAAUGACGCAGGCAUGUCUCCACACCGAUCCUAAGGUUGUUAUAUCUGGUGUUAGGUUUUUCCUUGGCGCCGACAAGGAAAGAGAGCAAGCUUUCGAAGAAGAAUCUGAUGAGGAUGAAAUAGAUCCUAGCGCACUCAGACACAAGAUGCAGGUCAAUAAAAAGAGUUCCAAAAGAGGUAAGAAAUUGGAAUCUGUGUUGAAAACUGUAAAGAAAAAGAACUCCAAUAAACACUCUGCCACUUAUUUGAACUUUAGUGCAAUCCACUUACUCAGAGAUCCUCAACAGUUUGCUGAAGUGAUGUUUGAAAAUAACUUGUCUGGAAAAAAUGCAAACAAAUACGAUUUAGAUCAGAAAAUUGCCAUUAUGAGUUUGGUUUCGAGGUUAGUUGGUACUCACAAGUUGACUGUUUUGGGCUUAUAUUCAUUUUUUUUGAAAUAUCUUACACCUAAGCAAAGAGAUGUCACGCAGAUUCUAGCUGCAGCUGCUCAAGCUACUCAUGAUUUGGUUCCGCCUGAAUCAAUCAAUAUGAUGGUUCGUAAAAUUGCUGAUGAAUUUGUUAGUGAUGGUGUGGCAGCUGAAGUUGCUUCUGCUGGUUUGAAUACUAUACGAGAAAUCUUAGCCAGAAACCCAGCUGGUAUUGAUGAAGAUUUGUUGCAAGACUUGACCGCUUACAAAGGAUCCAAAAGUAAGGCAGUUUUGAUGGCAGCCAGAUCAUUAAUCUCAUUGUUUAGGGAAGUUGCACCAGAAAUGUUACUUAAGGCAGAUAGAGGUAGAGCUGCUACAAUGGGUCUUAUUCAUAAUGGCCCUAAAAAUUUGCCUCAAUUUGGUAUUGAAAAAGACACUACAAAUGGUAUUCAAGGUUUGGAACUUUUGGCUAAGUGGAAGAUGGAACAAGGACUGCUUGGCAAAGAAGGUGAAAAUGAUUGGGAUGAGAAGCCUUUCGAAGAAAAUGAAGAGCAAGAUAUUGAUGAUGUGGAGGGUGAUUGGGUGGACGUUAAGUCCGAUACUGAGAUCAAUUUGAGUGGAGAUGAAGACAACGGUGAACUUCCAAAAGAAAGAAAUGGUAUAAAGAAGAAGUACCUAAAGUAUAUGAGACAGCAUAAAAAACGGAAAGCCUCCAAGAACGAUGAGGAUGACUCCGAUUUAGAAAUGUCUGACGACGAAGGUAACUCUGGUAAGGGUAGGAAGAAAACCAAAAAGCAACUUGAGUUAGAAGAACGCAAAUUGAAGGAACAAGAAGCUAUUAGAGAAACUAUGAACAGCGUUUUGACACCUGCGGAUUUUGCCAAAUUGAAAGAAUUGAAUGCCGAAGCUGGUAUUGAAAGUGUCACCGGACAUAAACUUCGUAAUGAAGAUGAAGUUGACUCUUCAGACUUGGUCAACGUUGAUAGACGCAAGAUGAACAAAGAAGAAAGAAUUGCUGGUAUUAUGGAAGGUAGAGAAGGUAGAGAGAAGUUUGGUUCUAGAAAGGGUAGAAGAGAUGCUCCGCACUCAACAACGAAUAGAGAAAAGGAGAGAAAGAAGAACUUUGUUAUGAUGGUUCACAAAAGGGCAGUUCAAGGUAAGAAGAAAAUGAGUUUACGUGACAGACAGAAGGUCUUAAGAGCUCAUAUAGAAAGACAAAAAAUGGGUAAAUAG